GAUCCAGGGACAGGCUCACAUAGAAAGAUGUUCCUGUCCCUGCCCUCCCACAAGCCCAGGGCGCUAUACUUUCUCUCGUCAUUCUCUUUUCUAUUGCUGUGGACUGCUUGGACGUUCCAGAAAGGACGAAGAGUGCUCUUCAGAUCCCCAUAUCUCUGUACCCACAGCAACCAGCGACUGGGGCACUGACUAGGUGGCCCCGGUGGCUGCUAUGGCGUCCUCUCUAAAGGCCUGGGGUCUGCUUGUGUCCCUGCUGUGCCUGCAUUACAGCUUGCUGGCACAGAGCACUUCCAGGAGAGAGUUCAUGGAACACCAUCACCUAAGUUCACACAAAGAAUUCAGUGACUACAGCUGCGAUGUCCUCAUGACAGAAAAGGGUCUGAAGCCCAAGAUCUCACACUGGUUUGUUUACAUGGCAUGGUACAAAGUUGAGCACAUAUGCAUUAGCGGCAACUGGAAAGACCGCUACAAAAAUUCGUACGUGUGGGCUCAGACUCCCAUUAAGGUGCUCACGUGCCACUGGGAGAAUUUCAAAAGUAAAUACGUAGAGAGGAGGAGCUACAACUAUGUCCAGUUCCACUGUAACGCAGACGGCUAUGUCGACAGCAUAGAGGACAUGAAGCUUCUGGAGCCCAUCUUAGCCUAGAAGGUCCGGCCAGCUCCGGGAAAGCCGCCGGUUCUCCAGUGUCGGCCCCUGCUUCCCGUGCGGUUACAUGCCAGCGUUUCCCAAGGAUUCCCGGUCUUACGAUCGCGCUUGUGUUGCUCCCUGCCUAGAAUAACAUUCCUCCCUUGUCUACCUGCUUUCCUUCA